GGUGAGGAUACAACAAUUAAAUUCAGUAACAAGACUGAUGAAAAGUUUAUAAUGGAUGACAUUGAUGACGUACAUAAAGAUAAACUUGAUGAAAUACUAAGGAUGGUAACACAAAACACUCAAAUGGAACGGACUACAGAGGUUUCUAGAGUUCCAAUGAAAUCCACAGAAGUAGAUGCAACAAAAUCUAUGCUGUACAAAAUAUUCAAUUAUUACUUAAAAGAAACAAGAGCACAUAGAAAAGUAACGAAAUUCACAAAGUCAACGUUUAGAAAGGACGAAAUCUCAACGCAUAAAAUUAAAAAGAUGCAUUUAAGGAAAAUUAUAAAGAAGCCAAUCAUAGUAAGAGAAGUAUACACCACAAAGCAUAAAAGGCUACACGCUAACAAACUUUUAAAAGAAUCAACCAUUGUACGAGAAGUAGAAACGACAUCACACAAAGAGGAUGAAAACGAUGAAGAAGAGGAAACAAGCUCUUUAACUACACCAGUACAAGUGAAUAUAAAACGUAUGCCACAAACUACAACCACGAUGCUGCCAUACUUCCAAAUGAUUGAUGAUCUGGAUGAAGGGUACAUGGUGGUGUUCCUCAUCGAGCUGAUGAGGAUCAUGGCUUCAAAAGACAAGGAUGAUCUAUUUGAAGUCCUCGUUCAUACUGAACAGAUCGUGCUGCAGUGAGUGGCACAUAAUACCAUCUG